CCAUGAAAGUGUAUUAUAACGGUUUCAACCUGCAUCGCCAAUUUCCCAACACUCAAAACAUUGUGAAAAACUUUAUCGAUCAUGUUUAUAACGAUUUAGAAGAAAUUGAGGUUAGCUACCACUACAUUGUAUUACUGGUUGCCGGCAUCGUGGUUGUUAGAGGCGCCAUAAACAAAACCGUCCCUUUUGAACCGAAAAUUUUACGAAUUUGUUGCGACGAAGACAAAGUUGUUGUAUUAUUAGAAAACGGAGACUUGUUCAAAAUCGACGACGAAGUGACCCAAGUGCCAAAAUUCGUGGAGUCCGACGACUGCAUCAUACAAGUGUCGACGGGUUCAAAGCUGCCUGUAGCUCUCACAAGAAAUGGGAAUUUAUAUACCAUUCCUAAUAAACUCGAAUUUAACAGCAGCCAGAUAAUUGAGGUGAAAACUGGACGAGAACACUGCCUUCUUUUGGAUAAAAAUGGUAAUGUAUUUUCGUUUGGUAGAGGGAGUCGUGGUCAACUCGGUCACGGAAGUUUGGAAGAUGAGCCGGAACCGAAACUCGUGGAGGCCCUGGGGGGUAUAAAAAUAAAAGCCGUUGACGCAGGAGGGUGGCAUUCUGUUGCUCUUAGUGGAGAGGGUGAUUUGUACGUUUGGGGGUGGAAUGGACAUGGUCAGUUGGGGUUAUCUGAUCGUGAAGACUCUGGGGAAGAUGUGGUGUCGGUGCUAGCGACUCCUCAAGUGCUUGAUUUGAGUUUCAACCUAGCCAAAGUUAGCUGUGGUAGUAAGCAUACUGUGGUUUUGAGUGAAGAUGGGAGACUGUAUGGCUGUGGCUGGAAUAAGUACAAUCAGCUUAAAGAAGGCAAUCGUGAGUGUAUUUACAAAAUGGUUUACCUGGAGAGUUUUUCCAAAGAAGAAGUUAACAGUUUGAAGUGUGGACCAUGGAACACUCUUGUGCUUUGUAAGGGAUGACUUCCUUCUUAUGUAUGUGAAAGGAAAAGAGGGAGUGAAAUAAAACAACCAUAAACAUUUUAAUGUAGUCCACAGUAUAAUAAAUACUGGUAUACUUCAGAAUUACAUUAUAAAUAUACAAUGUGUAUGGUAUUUU